UGAAAGAUAGUCUAGACAAGUAUUUCAUGAGGAAUCAGAAACGGAUGUUGGAAACAAAAGAGAGAACUGAAUUGCUAGGAAGAGCUGUAUGUAAAUCUUUUCCUUUUUGUUGGUAAAUGGGGCUGAUUAGCAUGUCUUGAAUUCAUUUUACGUUAUUUUCUUAGAAUGGAGAGUCGGCUCAUGUCCUGAGAAUUUUCAAUGAGGAAGCACAAGCAAUGCAAUCAGUUCGAAACUCUUCAAGAAUGUUGCAAGAAUCCUUUGAAACUGGAACAGCCAUCCUUUCCAAAUAUGCAGAACAAAGAGAUCGUCUCAAGAGAGCACAACGAAAGGCCUUGGAUGUACUAAACACAGUGGGGCUCUCCAACUCCGUGCUGAGGCUCAUCGAGAGAAGGAACCGUGUUGAUACAUGGAUCAAAUAUGUGGGGAUGAUUUUGACAGUUGUCAGUGUGUAUUUCUUCUGGAAAUGGACCCGGUGAUUUACUCUCGUUUUUCCCAUAUUCAGCACAAAGGUUUGUUUUUCUGGAUCUGCGAUCAUGUUAAGAAGGCAAAUAGCUCAGGUUUUAUUAAUGUGCAGAGCUAUGAUACAAGAACAGAUGACAAAAAUGGAUGGUGCCAUUUCAAACUUGCUUUGAAGAGAAAGUUGUUGAUUAUAGAUUGUUAAUAUGAAGAUCUAAUCACUUCUUAAGGAAACACUCCUUGUAAGCACUUCAGUUUUAGUUAGAAACCCACUUCAA